UGUCGCCCCAGGUGCAGGCUUCUCCGCCCACGCCCCGGGUGGGAGCCCUGGCCGGCCUUUAGAGCCUUCCUGGGCCUAUCAGCCUGGCCCGUUCCGCUGCGCCUGCCCCCCCAGCUGACCACGUGCCCCAGGUCGUGACCCUGACCUCCCACCCUUGACCUUCCACCCUUGCCCUGGGUCUGCCGGGCCACUUAGGGGCGCGAUGGCGAACCACUUGCCCUCUACGCGGCAGACCUUGUACCCGGCUGCGCAGAGGGGGAAACUGAGGCCCGGCAGCUGCCCUUCGGUGCGAUCGGAUUCCAUGCACCGCGGAAGGGUCGCAAGGCGUUGCGCCGUGCGCCCUUCGGCCCCUUGGUCUCUGUGCUGGCGACGGGCGUCGCCUGGAUGCGCGGACCGGGGCUGGACGCGAAGCGGGACUCGCGGGCUUGCGUGUACGCGGGCUCGCGGCCGGGUGUCCGGUGUCACAGCUCCACGGGCCUGGGGUUGCACACUGGUGCACCUGCUUGGGAGGCGACCUGGGAAUGCUUCGUGGGAGAGGAGACAUUUCACUUGGGAUCUUAAGCUCCACCAGGGCCAUGUCGGAGCGUGAGGAGCGGAGAUUCGUGGAGAUCCCCCGGGAGUCAGUGAGGCUCAUGGCGGAGAGCACGGGCUUGGAGCUGAGCGAUGAGGUGGCAGCGCUGUUGGCUGAGGAUGUAUGCUAUCGCCUUCGAGAGGCCACUCAGAACAGCUCUCAGUUCAUGAAGCAUACCAAGCGGCGGAAGCUGACGGUAGAGGACUUCAACCGGGCCCUCCGUUGGAGCAGUGUGGAGGCUGUGUGUGGGUAUGGGUCCCAGGAGGCCCUGCCCCUGCGCCCCACCAGGGAGGGUGAGCUCUACUUCCCCGAGGACCGAGAGGUGAACCUGGUGGAGCUGGCUCUAGCCACCAACAUCCCCAAGGGCUGCGCUGAGACGGCUGUCAGAGUUCAUGUCUCCUAUCUGGAUGGCAAAGGGAAUCUGGCACCCCAAGGCUCAGUUCCCAGUGCAGUGUCUUCACUGACUGAUGACCUGCUCAAGUACUAUCAGCAAGUGACACGGGCUGUGCUUGGGGAUGACCCUCAGCUAAUGAAGGUUGCUCUCCAGGAUCUGCAGACAAACUCCAAGAUUGCAGCUCUGCUGCCUUACUUUGUUUAUGUGGUCAGUGGGGUGAAAUCUGUGAGCCACGACCUUGAGCAGCUGCACCGACUGCUGCAGGUGGCCCGUAGCCUGAUUCGGAACCCACACCUCUGCUUGGGGCCCUACGUCCGAUCCUUGGUGGGCAGCGUCCUCUACUGUGUCCUGGAACCCCUGGCUGCCUCCAUCAACCCCCUCAAUGACCACUGGACCCUGCGGGAUGGGGCUGCUCUCCUUCUCAGCCACAUCUUCUGGACUCAUGGGGACCUCGUCAGUGGCCUCUACCAGCAGAUCCUACUAUCCCUGCAGAAGGUGCUGGCAGACCCCGUGCGGCCUCUUUGCUCUCACUAUGGCGCUGUGGUGGGUCUGCAUGCUCUUGGCUGGAAGGCCGUGGAGCGUGUGCUGUACCCGCACCUGUCCACCUACUGGACCAACCUGCAGGCUGUGCUAGACGACUACUCGGUGUCAAAUGCACAGGUCAAGGCCGAUGGGCACAAGGUGUACGGAGCCAUCCUGGUGGCCGUGGAACGCCUACUUAAGAUGAAAGCGCGGGGUGGCAGCCUUCGCCCUGAGGACCCGCCUUGGGGCGGCCUCCUGCUGCCUGAGCCGCCAGCUGAGCCCGGCUUCGCGCCUGCGCCCCCGCCGCAACCUGCCGAGCCCACGCCGCCCACCACGCUGGCCGGCAUCUACCGGGAGCUCUACGCCUUUUUCGGGGACAGCCUGGCCACGCGUUUUGGUACCGGUCAGCCUGCACCCGGCGCGCCGCGCCCACCCGGUGACAAGAAGGAGCCGGCGGCCGCCGCGGACGCCGUGCGUAAGAUGCCCCAGCUCACGGCCAGCGCCAUGCUGAGCCCGCCCGGCGACGAGAGCCCACGUGGUGGUCCCCCGGCAGCUCCGGCGCCCGCCACAGCCGAAAGCCGCUCAUUGCCACGCGUGCACCGGGCCCGAGGAGCACCCCGGGCUCAGGGCGCCGGCGCUGGCACCCGCGAGGUAUUUCAGAAGAGCCGCUUCGCGCCCCGCGGCACCCCGCACUUCCGGUUUAUUAUCGCCGGGCGGCAGGCAGGGCGGCGCUGCCGUGGGCGCCUCUUCCAGACCGCCUUCCCGGCGCCGCAUGGUCCCAGCCCUGCCUCGCGUUACGUGCACAAGCUGCCCAUGAUCGGCCGCACCAGUCGCUCAGCGCGCCGUUGGGCCCUCUCGGACUACUCGCUGUACCUGCCACUCUAAGGCUGACAUACCUGCGGUUGCAGGGGACGCACUGUAGGCGGGGCUUCCCGGAAGUGACGCAGGCAGGCCGCGCCGGAAGUGUACUGGGCGGGCCAUCCACCCUGCGCUGGUUUCUGGUUUUUUGGGCGCCAUGGCGCUACCUUGUUUGCAACGUGUAGAGCUUGUGCUACUAGCUGCCGCCUUCCUGUGCGGGGCCGUGGUGGCUGCGGCGCUAACCUGGACCCAGGUGUGGCUAUGGGGAGAGGGACACCAUGAGGGUGGUGGUGGCGGGUAGGCUCUUUCCGGCAGUGUAAAAGACGGGGACAGGUGGGAGCACCCUGUGCGGAGUCAGUCAAUUGAAACCUCCUUGGGCUUUGCCAAGAAAUAAAUCGCAGCGCAGUGGAGAUAGGCGUCACCACUUAACGGGAGUGUUUAAUGACAACACUGAUGCAGAAAAGAAGGACGAGCAAACAGUGCUUCCUCCUGCCAAUUUCAUCAAUAAAGAUGGGUAGCGCGAGACUCGAAAAGGAAACAAAUAAAGAUGGGUGUAUUACCAGAUCUGAAAA